CAUCUCUCUUUCCAUCAGCAGUGAAUGGGGCAGAGCCUCGCGCGCUGCUCCUUAUUAACGUUAAUAACGUUAUCUCUCGCGUCACUCAUGUCCCCAACGACGACGGCCGCUGCUGCCGCUGCAGAGGAGCAGGAGGAGGACGGGACUGCGGUUCAGGUGCACCGCUGUGAUUGAAAUACACCCAAGUUUUUGACGCUACGGGGGGUAAACACGGACGAACACGGCGCCGAAGAACAGCGGCCAGAUUUGUCUGCUUUUAUCAACCGGACGGACGGAGCUUCGCCAUUGUUUUAUCGGUGAUGGGAUUCCUUCAGGAGCGACCUGCCGCCUAACGUUAACCCCUCCAAGGUGUUCGUCUGAAAACAGCAUGCAAACUGAUAAAGAACAUCUUUUCAAAGAUCAAGAUGGACACUAAAGCUGUGAUAUUUAUAUUUCUCAAGUUUCUGAUGCCUUUUCUGAGAACUUAGUAUCUUCUUCAACAUUACACUUUGCAUAGUUAGAGGAUUUAUUCAACAGCUGUGAUUUUUGACGUAGCAGUGCUCCAAGCAAAAGUGAUGGAAACAGAAGAGAGGGAGGAUGUAUCACAAAAACAUACUGCUAAUAUAAAGGCAGAGCCAGAGGAAGAUGUGUCAUCAUGCCACACCUGUGGGGUGUGUGGUCGCAGUUUUCCUCUUCUCAGCUCCCUGUCCCAGCAUAUGAGACGGCACACUCGGGAGAAGCCAUACAAGUGUCCCUACUGUGAGCACAGGACGGCUCAGAAGGGAAGUCUGAAGGCUCAUAUUCGAAGCCAUAAGCUGGGCCUGUUCAGCCACAACCUCAGCGACAAGCAGGAGGACGAAGAUCAAGGACAAAAAGAUGUUGCUGUUAAACCGGAACCUCCUGAAAUCAUCAGCACGUUUGACAAAGCUCAUGUCAAUGGGAAGGUGAAGAAGAAAGGAACCAAGAAGAAAGUUAAGGGCAAAGGCGGUGUCGAGGCCAGCGAUGGACCUGAUGCUGGGUCUUUUACCUGCACCAUUUGUGGCCAGGCUUUCCCUCAGGUAUUACUCCUCAAGUCCCACAUGAAAAGGCACCGUGGCUCCCAGGAUCAUGGUUGCCGAAUCUGUGGACGACGCUUCCGCCAAGCAUGGUUCCUCCAAAGUCAUAUGCGCAUUCAUCGGGUCAAAGCACAGCUGCGGGGCAGCAAAAGCAACGACCCUCCAGCCACCAUCAAUGGGGUUCCUCAGGACCCAGCAUCACUGAUAAAUGAAGAGUGCCUCUAUGAGCUCUGCGCAGGCUGCGGUAACUUCUUCUGUGACCGCAAGACAUUGCGGAUACAUGAAAAGCUGCAUAAACUGAAUCAGAGUCGCACUCAGAUGCAAAAUUCGCCACAGGAAGACGUUGAGGUUUCUGAGCUGCACAAUUCUAAGGAGCAUUUUUUCAAAAGCCUGAACCUCACAUGUGCUGGACCUAAAGAAACUCCUGAGGAAAGGAGUCUGGGCGAGAGAAUUCCUGAGCUGGAUCCAGUUUGUAGCUACCAGGCAUGGCAGUUGGCCACAAAGGGACGAUUGGUGGAGGCCACAGAAAAAUGUCUGGGAUGGGAGGAGAGACUGGCUGAUGCUGAGGUGGCUUAUGACACAGAAAAGGGUGAGUAUGUACCCCUAAAGCAGGAGAAGAAGAGGAAGCAAAUUGACACCUCCAGCACCAAUGUUAAGAAGAAGAAGGCUGAUGCAGGCCUUGAUCACACAUCAACCAGCCUGGCUCACACUAAAGGUGGUGACAAAAAGGUCUGCCAGAAGGAUCGCAUUCUGUUGAACGGACUUGGUCAUGCGUUUUAUGAGGCACUGCAGACUAGGAAGGUUAAAGAUGUUCACUUCUCAUCAAAACACACCAACAACAUCAGGAGCCAAGACCAGGAAGAUCGAAAAACUUUCUUCUGUGAGCACUGUGAUUUCCACACUGUUGACGCCUCGUUACUCAGGUCUCACGUGCACAGGCAGCACCAGGACUUCCUGGUUCCCUACAGCAAACAGAACACCAUUUUGGACAACAUUAGCAAAAGUGGUUCCAAAGCCUCAAGAUACAUGGACUACCUCAGAAGCAGGAGUGUGUUGCUCAGUCAGCCAUACUGGAAUCCCUACACAUGUCCUCCAACCCAAGAGUUAGUAGAGUCAAAUAUUAAAAUAGAAAAGUCAGAUGUCACAGAGGUCAAAGGGCAGGGACAUGCCACUGGUGAUGCUGGCAGCCUCCUCAAUCUUUCUUCAGCACCCAUAACUGAUGGAGACGGUGCUGUUAAUUACCCAGUGAAAACAGAGGGCCUGGUGAGACAUCAGUGUCCAUACUGUUCCCACACCACCAACUACCCAGAAGUACUGUGGAUCCAUCAGCGAGUUGCACACAGGGUGGACGGCAGCAGCUCUAUGGCACCCAAGUGGGCACCCAGCGUUAACAGCAUCAAGAGUUUGAAGGCAGGGGCUGCUCAGUGGAGACGCACGGGGCCGCCACCAUUUCUUGAAGGCAAAGACUGCCCAGCUUUACCUGCUCCAAGGACUCAGCGUACACAGCCUCCAGGUGCCACAGCCCACAGCAGCAGUAGCAAACACUCGGCUUCUAAGACCCAAUCAGGCAUCCCAAAGUCCAAGCAUCAGACGAAGGACUCGCGAUCUUCGGAUGGUACACAGUCUAGUAGAAAGGUUGGACUCCAGCCUCAAAGGAAGUCUAGUGAACAUAACCGAGCAGUGGAGGGUGGAAGUAAAGGCUCCAGUAAGCCAGCUACUUCAUCGAACAGUACAGCCCACAGCAAGAGCCUUCCCAGUUUCCAGCCUACAAGUAGCCCCAAACACAGAAGCAACAGAGCUACUGUAGAGGGAACCUUCCCACAGGAGGGUUUAGGUUUUAUGCUGGCAAGAAAUCAUGGUGGGACUUCUUCUAACGUAGCUUCAGACAGACUCCAUUCCCGCAGGCCGUCGUACGACUUCGCUUCAGUUCCAAAGGGUCCUGAUCUCUGGGCUGCCAUGAACAUGUGGGGGCUACAUGGAAGCAAAGCAUAUUUAGAUCCACUUGUGUUUGCUCAGGGAAAGAGUGAAUCAGGAGGAGAAAUGCCAAUGGACAUCGAUAUUUUCAGUCUCUUGAAAAACUACAGUCCACAUGAACUGGCAGCUCUCUACCAGCACUGGGGGUUUGUCGAUCCCAGACUGGAUCCACAAGCAACGUUGCAGUUAAAUGGAAAUUUUGGAAAUGAAGUCCAUUCCUCCUCUGAAGCUUCCAAACAGAUGAGCAGCCACAGCACUUCAUCCUCAGGGUCCCUCCAUAAAGGAACGUGAAGAAAUGCUAUGUUCCUGUUGGAUUCCAGCUUGCACAGCACUGACUGUUGAACAAAGAGGCCUGCUGUUCUUUAAAGGAACCAGCCAUAACUCCUAACGGAACAGAGGCACUGGAUAAUGCACAAUAUAUGCAAAGCAAUGAGGUGGACUCUUCUUAUUUUUGAUUUUGAUUCAAAGUGUUGCGCAUGCUUUUGUUUGUUCAGAGUGUAGAUAUGUUAGUUAACAAAAGACACAAGGAGAUGUGUUUUGAAAUGUUUUGUGGAAAUGAGGCUGAAUUGUUUGGCGCUUACUGUAAAAAUAGUAGCAAAACACUGUAGCAGUUCUAUGGCCCAGGUGGAAAUGAAAAGCAGAGCUACAGUCACAUGGAUGGAUGGAGGAUAUUUCCUUGGCUAAAGGCUAAAGAUGCCUGCUCUGUUUAGGAUGAAAUUUAGAUGCAGAACAACGACACAAAUUACCAAACCUUACAAUCCAUGAUGCCACUACCAACUUUCAGAAGUAAAAACUGUGAUGCAAAUUUGUGACUACCUGCCGUAUUUCAGUGUUGAUUUUCGGUUUGAUGUUUUGUUUCAUGUAAAAUAUCUUCUGUUGUUUUUAAGUUUGGUUGAGUAGGUGAUCGACAAGACAUUCGGAUGUGCAGAUAAAAUAGUGUCACUUCACUUUUACUACAUAAUCACAAAAUAAGUUCUGAACUGAGAUCAGGUUUUAAAUCGACGUGCCAGUUUUCAUCUGAUCAUUUGUCAUCCACCACUUUGCUACAUGACAAAUGUUGUAUUUUGUCACAUUUGCAGUUGAUGUCUUUCACAGUUUCCACCUAACAAACCACUAAGUCAAUGAAAGCAUUGGCAACAGCAGAACAUGUCCAGAAUUUCAGCUUCAGCACCGUUAGUUCACCAUUGCACACAUUUAGAAGAAAAAGAUGCACUGUUUGGAUGAUGAUCACUGUCGAAGUACUUUGCAGCCUCAAGUCAGGAAUUGGCUUCAGCCAAAGUAGUAUUACUCCACAACAUCACCAAGAUGAAUACUCAACUCAUCACACAGCUGUACUGUUGUUCCAAAAACAAAAAAUUACUUGAGACAGAAAACGUAUUAUACUGGAGGCAGUUUCUGGCCAUAUUUGAUGGUUUGGAAUUUCUUUUUCCGAUCAGUAAACACUAAAAUACGCCGUACAUUCACACCUGAAUUCAAUUGAAUUGCUCAGAGCAAAGCAUCAAUUGUAGUGAAUUCAGGGAAUCACUUCUAAAGGUUGUUUUCAGUGAAUGUUGUUCCUGAUUUCUACUUUAUCUGCAGUGCCAGGGAAUAAGAAAACACCUAAUGUCGACUAGUUUACACCUUCAAACAGCAGCACUGAAGAUAAAUCAAUGUUGAAUUUAGCAGAAUUGUCUUUUUGACCAGUUUUGAAUUAGAUAUCCAUGUGAAACCUCCUCGUUUUAUGAUUUAGUUUAUGUUUUAUAAUGGCAAAUGUGUGCUUAUAGCCAAGUUUAAGGUCCAGAAUGGACAUUGAGUUACUGUGAAAAAACCAGAAAAAUGAAUCUAAAUUGGUGCCCAUGGUUAAAACCAACGUAUGUUAGGACAACAACUAAACGAAGACGUGCAACCUUGAUUAAAUAUCCAGGUUUAGAAUUUUGAAGGCAAUAAUUUGACCUUUGUCUCCAAUCAGAAGAAUCCAAACAUCUGCACUUCUUUCACAUUGUACUUAUGACUUAGUAAUUUAAUCCUGUGAUUCUUAGACAUAGAAACUGUAGCGAUAACUUCUACGGACACGCCCCUGACUUAAUAUCUACCCGUCAAGCUACUGAAAAAAAAAAACAGCAAAAUGUUUUUAUUUUUGACUCUAAAUUCACCUCAUUCUCCGUUUAUUUUCAUGUGUUUUCUGUUUGCAGAUUUGUUUAGUACGUUUACAUUUUAGUUCUACUUAUUCAGUGAAUUCAUCUCCCUUAGAGAAAUAGUCUAUGCAUUUGACAAAAAGCCAUCAACUUAUGGAUUCUUAGGAGAUCUUGAGAACACAUAAUUUAUUACUUGGAGUAUUGACUUUGAUCUGUGUGGGGAAAAAGUUUUUUGAUAAAUAUUGUAAAUGAUAGUUUUAUUUAAUGGUCUUUUUGUUUGCUAAGAGUGGAAUUUCGACACUCAUAAGUACUUGAUAUUUGUAGUAACAGAACAUGUUAAAAUACGUUUUAGUGACACACUUGAGGUCAGCGUGCAGGGUCAGUGGGGAGUGAUGCUCCUGCUGCAGGUAUUAUUAAACCUGUCGUCUUGUAUUUUGCAACAGCUGCCUGUGAAGAUGCAGCUGCACACGGUUUGGCAUGAAGUGACAGGAACAGGGUGGCAGCGAUUUUUAUGCAAGCCUGAACUUUUAUGCAAACUUUCAGCUUCAAGUUGAGCUCUUACUGGGUUCAUUUUUGUGACUAUGUAAACAUGUUUCAUAGUUAAUGAUUAUGUUGGUAUCAGAAUUUAUAUUUUCACCAGUUCUGCAUUUUGUCUGACUGUAAAAUUAUUUCAAUAAAGUUGGUUAAUGUUGA